CAGGCUUCAGGGCGCUGGUCGUGAGGAGGAGGAGGCCUGGGAGGCAGCGCGCCUGCUGUGCGGGGUGUGUCUGAGGCUCCUUGAGCCCAACAGCCCGAGAUGGGCGUCCCCGUGCCUCCCGGACUCCUCUCUGCUCACAGCGUCCCCGCAGCCUGACCCCCUUUCACCCUCCAGCCUUGGGGACCGGCCUCUCAGGUCCCGCCGCUCAGGCCCCAGCGCUCAGAAUGGUCCUUGGCAUAAAAUGCAUGAUGUGGAGGCCUAUUCUGAGCACAGCGUAUCUGUAGGAGAGUCUCAGGUCAGGGCUUCCAAAACAGCUGCAGCCACCCAGAGGACCCAUCUGUGUAAGCUGUGCUUCUCAGUGUUAAAAGAUAUUUUGCACCUGAGUGAGUUACAAGUGGUUCACUUUGAGAAGAAUGUGUUCUUAAGUGAUGCGUGUGUGAGAGACUUGUGUUUCAGUGCAAACCCUCACCAGCAACAGAAGGAUGCCAGUGGAGAGAAGCCCUGGAAAGAAGAUAUGGAGAGUGCCUUGCUUGUGAGGAGUUGCUGCUUCUACUUAUCUGGGAUGCCUGCAGCUAGUAUACAGGCUGGGGAAGACUCCCCAGCCAUCUCAGGACUUCUCCAGCACCAGGCCACUCUUAACACUGAGGAGCCACACAGUAACAAUGAGAUUACACAGGAAUUUCUCAGUGGAAAAAGACAUCACCAGUGGGUUGAAUGUGAAGCAGCUGCCAGCCAGAAACUGAAAGUUGCUUAUCAGAAAGGUCUCUGCUCUGGAGAUAUGAUUGAUGAGUAUAAUAAAUGUGGGGAAGUGUGUAGACGAAUAUUUAACCACCCUCAACAUGGGAGAGUUUACACUGAAGAAAAGCCCUAUGAGUGUACUGAUUGUGGGAAGGUCUUCAAUGAAAGUACUGCUCUCAUUAAACACAACAGAGUUCACAUUAGAGAAAAGCAGUGUGAAUGUAGUGACUGUGGGAAGUCCUUCAGGAAAAGACCUUCUAUAAAGCUGCUGCUGGGCCUGCUCAGCACCAGUUGGCUUGUGGCAGACCAGCGAGAAGGUCGCACGUCCAAGCGCAAGCAUUUCCCAGCCUCACCCGCCAGGGACUGGGUGCCAGAAGCUGGUUCCCGGGAAAGGAAGCACUGUGAGGAGCGGGCGUCGGAGGAGAAUCUUUUCAAAGCUCCCCCAAGCCCACGCCCCGCAGGUGUCUCUUCCACUGGGGGACGAGAUGGAGGGACACCCCCGCGCAUCCCGCGGCGCAUCCCACAGCUCUGA